ACCCUAAUCGGCUCGAAUUAGUGACAGAUAGUCCAUAAGCUAUUAUAGUUUGCAAUGAUUUAACCAUGUGACCGGUAAUUAAGCUACUUGAAAUUCUGUUGUCAGAUUCCGCAUGCAAUUCUAGUAGGCUAGCCUACAAGCUUUAUGAGUAUUUCUUUGAGAAUGUUUGAUGUGAGGAUAAUGGCUAUUUGCCAGUGUAGCAGUUUAAAACAGACACCAGAUGUCGCUCCAAGCCACGCGCCUCUUUUAAUGAACCAUCCACAACCUACGUCAUUGGAAUUUCAAAAUGGCUUCCGGACAUGGCUAGAGAAGGUGGCUACCGGUUUCUCAUCUUUCAGAGCUCAGCGUUAAAUGGACGAAUAAGCAUCAAAGCACCUUCUGUAACUUUAUGUCGGUGCUUUCCACGGAAAUAAAUGUUAGAAAUGGCGUCGUGGAUUUGUUGAACGGUUCGUGAAUGAAAUGGAAAAUGCCGAGAAUGGAGCUUCGCAACUGACAUUGUCAACUGAUGUGAACGAAAACACGGAAACGGGUUUCUCUCUCCCUGGACUAACUACCGAUGCCUCUGAACGCAACGUUAGUGCUGACAAAGGCGUAUACAAGGUCUGUUUUGAUGACAAGAAGGAUUCGGAUGAAAGAAAUGCAGAAUAUGCCACUGGUCGCGGUGCAGCGGGACUUCAUGGAGGGGAUGAGUGUAGUGGGAUUGAUAGUACAAUGCUUGGCUUCGUAGCAAAAGGGACAUCUGGUGGAGCUAAAAACAAUUGUGUCACUUCAGAACGACACAUCGACUCUUCUUUGAACAGGGUUACCGAGUCAGUGAGACAGUCAAUGGUUGAAUCAACGACCGGAGGUCGGGGUACUUCAGCAGGAAGCCCGUCUGGCGCUGCUGAUGUUGCAGACUGUAAACCGGACACAGACGAGGCUCACCCUCAGGACUUUGCCGGGACUGUGGGGCAACCCAAGUGUAACACGGACCGGGAUAUGCAAAAAGACACAUCGAACUCUAACCAGGAGAUUUACAGCACACCGCACUUGUCACCGUCGUGUGAUGGACACGAGCAUCAGCAGAUUUGCCGGUGCCAGGCCUCACAACCUGAGCCGCUGACGCUACGCAAUGGGAACAUGAACGACGCCGGGCAGCUCCCCCCUGUCAGCGAAUGUCAGAGGGAGCCUGUAGAAAAAGUAGGUAACGUUAAAAUGGCUAACGGAGAAGUUAUAUCAAUAGAGAAUAGGGUAGGGUUGGAGGCCUCGACACAACCUCGAGUAACUGAGGCAUGUCUAUCAAAUCCGCCGGUGGAAAAUCCCUUGCCCCAUGCAGUGCCGCAAAGCAGCCGCACUGAAUGCAGGACCUUGGAGCCCUGCAUGGGCGAACUGCUGAAGGAAGACAGUGAUGUGUUUGACGAUUCAUGCACUUCUCCAUCACGCCAGAUUCACGGAGAUGACUCAGUCCCAAGGGUUGAACUCACCUUUGGGCCUGAUAGGGAAACUAGCGUUACCGCUAGGCCACAGUCUCUUAAAUCUAUCACCCAUAGCACGCACUUUCUAAGCUGCGAUUCCACACCGCUGAGCCCGGAGAGGAGCAACGCUUUCCUGCGCUCCGCCGCGGAGCGGGAUAUACAUUUCAUGGAUGUCAAUCUGAACUCUAGGAACACGUAUGAAAUCAGCCGACGCCAGAGCGUCCCAGACAACAUACCAGGGGGGAUGAGUGUCGCCUCGGCCGUCUCUUCUGAUCAGCUGUCCAAACAGAAAAAGCAUGGCAUCAGUGAUUUUUUUGGCAGGGGCUUGUUUUCAAAGAAGCAAUGUGAGCAACAUAGUGCUCCAGGCUGGAAGCUCUUUGGAAAGGUUCCCCCCAGAGAGAACAACCCAAAGGAUUCCAGAACUAUUCAGCAGGACAGUAACCAGGGCAGCCUAACAUCUGUUUCCACACCCAGUCUCUUAGGCCCGGCGGAGUACGAGGCCAAGCGUGCCCAGUCUGGCCACUCUCCCCCCUCCCAGGCGGCCCAUGGUGGACCGGGCCGCCGCAAGAACCUGGAGUUUGAGCCUCUCUCCACCACUGCCCUCAUACUGGAGGACAGACCAGCGAACCUUCCGGCUAAGUCCUCAGAGGAGGCCCAGCGCCACAGGCAGGAGUACGACGAGAUGGUGGCCGAGGCCAAGAAGAGAGAGCUGAAGGAGGCCCAGAGGAAGAAGAAGAUGAUGAAGGAGCGCUUCAAGCAGGAGGAGAGCAUCGCCAGCGCCAUGGUAGCCUGGAACAAUGAGAUCCUGCCCAACUGGGAGAGCAUGCGUGGCACGCGCCGCGUGAGGGAGCUGUGGUGGCAAGGCUUGCCACCCAACGUCCGCGGCAAAGUCUGGAGCCUGGCGAUUGGGAACGAGCUCAACAUCACCCCUGAGCUGUACGAGAUCUUCCUCUCCAGGGCCAAGGAACGCUGGAGGAGUUUCAGUGAAAUAGGCUCGGAGACGGAGACCGAGGCCGAAUCAGGGGCAUCUGUGGCGGACCGCGAGUCCAGUCUGGAUGUGAUCAAGCUGGACAUCUCACGCACUUUCCCCUCCCUCUUCAUCUUCCAGAAGGGUGGGCCUUACCAUGAUGUCUUGCACAGCAUCCUGGGGGCAUAUACCUGUUACAGACCAGACGUGGGAUACGUCCAGGGAAUGUCCUUCAUUGCCGCCGUGCUGAUCCUCAACCUGGAGGAAGCUGACGCCUUCAUCGCCUUCGCCAACCUCCUUAACAAGCCCUGCCAGUUGGCCUUCUUCAGAGUGGACCAUGAACUGAUGAUGAAGUACUUUGCUGCAUUCGAGGUGUUCUUUGAGGAGAACCUCCCAAGGCUGUUUAGCCACUUCAAGAGCUGCAGUCUCACCCCAGACCUCUACCUGAUAGACUGGAUCUUCACGCUGUACAGCCGGCCCCUGCCGCUGGACGUGGCGUGCCGCGUGUGGGACGUGUUCUGUCGGGACGGCGAGGAGUUCCUGUUCCGCACGGGCCUGGGCAUCCUGCGCCUGUUUGAGGACGUGCUGCUGCAGAUGGACUUCAUCCACAUGGCGCAGUUCCUCACUCGCCUGCCGGACCACCUGCCCUCCGACGCACUCUUCACCUGCAUUGCCGCCACCCAAAUGCUCAGCGGCAACAGGAAGUGGGCGCAGGUCUUCAGCGCACUCAUGAAGGACAGCAAAGAUGCAGAGAAGACCGGCAGUCCAGCACUUAAAAGCUCCUAACUGCGCUUACCUGGACACAAGCUACUAGUUCUCAUUGUGGAGGACUUAUAAUGCCGCAAAAGAACUUAGAAUUUUCCAAUUCUAAAUCAAAAAUGAAUUUCUAACUGACAAAACCAAAUUCUCACAUGUCGAGAGGUCACCUAGAGAGCCUAGGGAAAACACUUGAAUCCUCGAAAAACAAAAAAAACCUUUGCCAGUAUUACUUCCACGAUCAGGACAAACUGUGGCUUUGAAGUAUGGGACUGUAUGGUUGUUAUUGUUGUUGUUAUUUAUUUGGUCAAUGUCGGAACAAUUGCUGCCUUUCCCUCCCACUGUAACGCUCCAGCUUUGGUGGGAGCAUGUCCACUUCACAAACACUUCAGACUUCUUCUGGCUCCGAGAUGGAGCAGGGCUUCUAUGGACAGUGCAAAAGAGUGGACUGCAGAGAAUUCUGGAAGCACUACCACCCC